CAGGUGUGCGUUUGUAAUUUUGUAGUCUGUGACUAACCUUACUUAUUAACACAUACUAAAAAGUACUUCAAAUUGAUCUAAUUGAAACGAAAAAUCUCCAAAAAAUGAUAGACAGUGUAAAACACAUAAUCCUGGUGGUGUCUGGAAAGGGCGGAGUUGGGAAAUCAACUUUUAGCACCCAAUUUGCUUUGGCAUUGAAGGAGCGCAACUUGAAAGUUGGCCUAUUGGAUAUAGAUUUAUGUGGGCCCAGCAUUCCAUACUUACUGAACCUGGAGGACAAAAGCGUGCACCAACAUGCCGAAGGGUGGCUUCCGGUGUACACUGACACUCAACAAAAUUUUGCCGUUAUGUCCAUAGGGUUCCUUUUAAAUAAUCGUAAUUCCGCCGUCGUGUGGCGUGGUCCGAAGAAAACGGCUAUGGUUAAACAGUUUUUGAAUGACGUUCAUUGGGGCGAUUUAGAUUAUUUGAUUAUCGAUACCCCACCAGGCACAUCGGACGAGCACAUAACUGUUAUGGAAAAUUUAAAAUCGAUCAAUUGUGAUGGUGCCAUUGUUAUUAGCUCCCCUCAGGAAGUAGCUAUUGAAGAUGUUAGGAAGGAAAUCACAUUUUGUAAUAAGACUGGAAUACCGAUCAUUGGUCUUGUAGAAAAUUUGAGCGGAUAUGCGUGUCCGCAUUGUUCGGAAUGUACGAAUAUUUUUAGUACAGGUGGAGCUGCGUCGUUGGCAGAGCAUACGAAAAUUCCAUUAUUAGGUACAUUACCUAUUGAUCCUAAAGUUGGUACACUUUUAGGUAAAUCUGCAGUAACUGAAUGUGCUGAAUCACAGUUUGCUAAAGUAAUGAAUGAAAUUGUAGAUAAAGUUACCAAAAAAGAUAGAAAUUGAUUUCAGAAA